AUGUCCCUAUUCACCGUCGCCGAGCCUCACCCCACAGUCCGCAAGAACACCUACACUCACUCCGGCCGUGGAGGUUCCGGCAACUACUUCCGCGCCCCGGCCACCACCCCGUCUUCAGGUGUCGUCAGCCCGGCCGCCGAGUUGCCUCCCACCACGUCCCGCUUCCACUCCGGCCGGGGAGGAGCUGGCAAUGCCCACGUUUCGGUGGAGCGACCCGUGAUGUCCUUCGAUGACGAGUUCACGCGCCAGAGCAAGAUUGAGACCAAGCCAAUCGGUCACGUCGGCCGCGGCGGCGCCGGCAACGUCUUUGCCGCCACCAACGGCACCACGCCCGGCGCCCCCCGCAAGGGAAGCGACGCCUCAAUCCACAGCAACAGCAGCGCGGGCAGCAUGCCUGACUUCGUCCGACGCAUCAGCUCUACCUUUGCCCGACGCUGA